ACCUAAGUUAGGUAGGUAACCUCAACGGUGGCUGCACCGGGACUUUCGGGGUAUGCGCAACUAAAAAAUGUCCUAAUGCAAGGGCCCAAGGCUAGCCCUGAUGAUCAUUCACUCGUACACCGAUGCAUCGAUUUGCGUUAGCCUAGCUACACUAUUCCUAUGCUGACUUCACGCACAAAGUGGAACAAGAUCAAAGUUCUAGCUUGGGAAGUAUCAAAGAUAUAGGUAAAGAUGCUCUUGGGGAGGCAACCGCCAUCCGCAGGUGGCCUCAACCACAGGCAGCAACGCGGACGUGACUCCUCGGUCAACGACCUGAACUCACUCAACUCGAUGUCAGGCAUCUUCUUCUCCAUUUACACACCAUCAUUACAGACACAACAAUGAUGCCGACUAGGCGUACGCGAAUAGUUUGCAUCUCUGAUACGCACAACCAGACGCCAAAACUGCCUGCUGGCGACAUUCUCAUCCACGCAGGAGAUCUCACAAAUCAGGGCACCUACUCGGAACUUAGGAAGGCGACCAAGUGGUUACAGCAGGCAGACUUCAAGGUCAAGAUCGUCAUCUGCGGGAACCACGAUGUCACUUGCGACAUUCCCUUCUACCAAGAACAUGGGAAGUAUUUCCAUAACCAAGACCUGGAAGAUCCUCAGCAAUGCAUUGCUCUCCUCCAGUCAGAUCCUUCUGUUGUCUACCUGAAGCACAAAUCAAAGCAUAUCCGCUUUACUCGUGAAGAUGGUGCUGUGACCUCUUUGAAAGUGUUCGGGUCUCCAUACUCACCUGCAAGAGGAUUGUGGGCCUUUGGAUAUGCACCAGAAGAAGCAUUGGGGCUCUGGGACAAAAUACCCCUCGACUCAGACAUUGUGGUCACUCAUACUCCGGCCAAAUUUCACCGCGAUGAAUGUAGCGAGCGCGGAACCGCUGGCUGCGAAGUACUUCGGGAGACACUAUGGCGAGUCCGCCCUCGGUUGUUUGUUUGCGGACAUGUACAUGAGGCUUACGGGGUUGAGGUUGUGGAGUGGGACUUAUCGUCCCUAAAUGUCGGCUUCAAAGAGGCAGAAGUCCGGUAUUGGGAUGACCCUCAGGCUUCAACGAAGAAGCAAUACACCGUUGACAUAUCUUCGAGGGCAAGGUCCGUGGCUCUACGAAACGAUGGCAGCGUUGGAGAUCUGGUCGGUACCGGACAGCUUCCCCGUGUUCGUGGCAUUGAGGUUGAUGGUCCCGCGGAUGAUGUGCUACAUGUUCCUGAAGGGAGGAAAGCUACGCUGCCGAACCCCCCAGAGCCCUGCCAACCACCUUUCCGCGACUUUGAGAAGGCACAGAUUCCUAUAUCUGCAGAACCGGAACGUAUCCAUAUCAAGCAACUCGCAACUCGGGGGCACGGCGGUCUGGCCUCGAGUGCUCGCUCUGACCAAGAAGCAAUUUCCGGGCGGGAAGGAAGGAUCGAAAGCUGUAUUGUGAAUGCAGCUUACAUGGCGAACAAUUGGCCUCACAAAGCUGGAAAGAGAUUCCACAAGCCUAUCGUUAUUGAUCUUGAAUUGAGUACAGAACCUCCACCUUCGCCACAAGCUAGAGAUUGAAGGCUCUCACCAUGCCUGGCAAGCAGGCGAUUAUCUCAAUGAGAGGACUUCCACCCUAUAUCUCCUCGACUCCGCACCAUUCCGCAAUGAACAGUGCAAUUGCUGUUGUCGUUCUUUUCAAGCUUUCGAUGCUUACCCACUCAUCAACACCAUGGAUGUUCCCCGACACAUUUCCGUA